AUGUCUCUCUCGCCCGGCGGCAGCGGCCGGCUCGGCCCCCAGCCGGGGUCUCACACAAUUCUACUUGUCCAGCCUACCAAGAGGCCAGAAGGCAGAACAUAUGCCGAUUAUGAAUCGGUGAAUGAGUGCAUGGAAGGAGUCUGUAAAAUGUAUGAAGAGCACCUGAAGAGAAUGAAUCCCAACAGUCCAUCCAUUACAUAUGAUAUCAGCCAGUUGUUUGACUUCAUUGAUGACUUGGCAGACCUCAGCUGUCUUGUUUACCGUGCUGAUACUCAGACAUACCAACCGUACAACAAAGACUGGAUAAAGGAGAAGAUCUACGUCCUCCUCCGCAGGCAGGCCCAGCAAGCAAGCAAAUAAUGGGGGCACCAUCACCACGUGGGUUUGGGGAGGGUUUGGACAACAGGUGUGUACAGAGUGUAGUAGUGAACGUUUUGUAUUAUAGUCAUCCUGUUGCCAUCUUGAUAAACUCGUUAGCCAGGACUGAUUGUAUUUUUAGAGAUACAAGGGUUUGGUUGAUUUGACUUUUUUUUUCCCAGUGUAAAUGGAGAAGA